CAAAAGAAACCGCGCAGGAAGUGAAUGAGUAUAGCUUCCGGUUCAACGUGAGGUCAAAAUGCUCCCUUUGAAUGGAACCCCUCGUUUGUUAUUUUCAGUCUUUUGUCGACUCCGAAACCCUAAUAAGUCUGCAGCGUUGACGAGCGUGGCGUCCUUGCGCGAGCCGCUCGUCAACAUUGAUAAUCCAUACGAGGAGCCGCGGAAAGGUUGCGUGCUUUGCGACGUGACCGUCGACUUCAAGAACGUUCAGCUUUUGUCGCAGUUCAUCUCGCCGCACACGGGACGGAUAUACGGACGCCACCUUACUGGCUUGUGUGGACGCAAACAGAAAGAAAUCUCUAAAGCCAUCAAGAAGGCACACUCCAUGGGUUUCAUGUCGGUGACCCACAAACAUCCCGAGUUCAUGCGUGACCCCAACAUCUGCGGCAUCAAACAUGUGGAUUAGCCCCGCCUCCUCUUUUCUGUUAUUGGACAAUAAAUGUCUGUCGGAACUGGUUUGUCAUUUUCUCGGCGGGGGGCGGAGCUUCACAUGGGCCACGGGGCGGGCGUCCAGCGUCAGCGUGUUCGUGGCAAAGAUCGGCGAGUGGGUGAAGAGCGCUCGGACUGCCAGCUGGAGGCAGUAGUUCCUUUUGGGCACAGGAGGGCCCUCUGUUGGAAGCAAACGGGAUGUGCAUUUCAUUAUCUGUCGACAAUAAUUCAUAUUUUAGAGACAUUCUGAAGGUCAAAUGAAGCUUCAUGAAGCUUUGCGGCCAAUUUACCUUUCGCAAACUCCGCCCCCCGAACAGCAAUUGACCAAUCAUACGUCCUAGCAACAUCAUAGAGCGAGCAUAAUUCGUCAAACUCUCGGAUGCCCCGUUGUCUAAUUGAUUCAUUUGCUGGUUUUGAGCCCAUCAACUGCCAUAAAACUUUACGGAAUAAGACAAAAAGGAUCAACAAGCUGCGGACGUCAAAUGGUGAAUCUCUAAAUUGGACAUGAGGAACCCCAGGAGUUAUAUGUAUAGCUGAUUUAUUAGCUAAAGUUAACUUCAUGUCUCUGUUCGCAGUCCAUUCUAUGAGUUUUUGAUUAAACAUAUCGUGCUAAAAAGUGCCUUGAACUUGUUUUUAUUUUUCAUGUAACAUUCUAUCAAUUGACAUCUUCGUGUCCUAUCCCUUUGGUCUCUGUAAAUGUUGAACAGUGUUGUUUUCGUCAACAAUGACGACAACGAAAAUAUUUCGUCAAGGAACACUUUUUUCAUGACUAUAACGAGUUGAUAACGAGCUAAAAACGUGUUUUGGAAAACUAAAACAAGACUCGUGCCAGUUUUCAUAUGAUGAGACCACAAUGUACCAGUUUCUGUCACGUUCACAAUUUGACAUUUUAUGUGUAGUUAGCCUGCAUUUUGAAUACAUGUACUGUAUAUGAAAUAUAC